CGUCGAGCAGCGCGCACGGCCGGCGAAUGAGGCACUUGCUCCGGGAUCUGGCAUUCGGCAUCGGAAAACGGGCGGGUUGGGUGAUGGUGAUGGCUAAAUGAAGUCAAGUGUGGUGCGGUUAAAAAUAAACAAGGCACGCGAAACAAGCCAAGAAGUUAUUCUAUGCAGAUCAACCGGAUUCGGGAUAUGGAAAAACUCUCUCGGGAAAAUCUGUAAAAUAGCUUAGUGCAGGAAUUUCAUGGCGUGCGUUGAAUAACACUGAUAAAACAAUAUACAGAGCGGGCAAACAUAAAUAAUAUUCCACAUGCAUAGUUCGGAAAUACAUCAGCUGCUAAAAUAAACGGAGCGUUCGAAGAUCCAACAGACACAAAAACAACAACAACAACAAUUGCCAGCCAGCCGAUUCGCCGCUCAUGACGUCACGGGUGAGCAUCUGGCAAGGAGCAUUAAUAGCAUCAUAAUUCCCAUCAACAAACUGAAAUAAUAAACAGCAAUAGGUAGCCGGAAAUCCUUUCAAUCGUCACCGGUGCGAGUGUCGUACCAGACCCGAGCAUGUCCAGGCGAACACGGGUGGAGGGUCAAUCGAAACCGGAACCGGAACUAAAACCGAAACGGAAACGAGCCACUAAGACAUGUCCUCGCGACGCAGCUCCUUCCGUCGGAAGGAGAAGCCGGCCUUCGAGCGCUUUAAGGAUCACUGCCGCCACUUUACAGCCUUUAUGUUCAGCAAUGUGGGCAUCAUCCUUUUAGUCACAUUCUAUAUUAUCGGUGGUGCGUUCAUAUUCCAGGCCAUCGAGAUAUUCGAGUACGAGCGCCUUAAGUCAGAGAAGCCCCAUCGAUUUAUAGAAAAAAAUUUUAGCGGCGAGUGCCUAAACCGCAUUUGGGAGCUUACGGCGGCAAACUUUAGCUUUUUCGAUCACCAUGUCUUCAGGAAGCGGGUUAACGAUGCGCUUCUGGACUACCAGCGGGCCAUAGUAAAGAAGCAGCUAAAGGGACCCGACGUAGAACAAUGGAGCUUCUCCGGUGCCUUUCUCUACUCGCUGACUGUAAUCACGACGAUCGGAUAUGGAAACAUUACCCCUCAAUCCGAAUGGGGAAAACUGGUAACCAUUCUGUAUGCGAUAAUUGGCAUGCCGCUAUUCCUGCUCUACUUGUCCAACAUCGGAGAUGUCCUGGCCAAAUCCUUUAAGUGGAUUUACUCAAAGGUUUGCCUGUGUCGAAUAUGUCCCGGUGUGGCCAAGCGCCGAAUUAUCCGCGAGCGUCGAAAAAUGCGACAGUUGGCAAGAGCGCUCCAAAUGCACGACAUGGAGAACGCCCGAGGAAGCAGCAGUUACUCCAGCACCAGCAGCACAACUACCUCGAACAGCAGCAGUAGUGACUAUACCCGGAGUUCCCGUCAGAGUUCCAGCCUAGUGGAUAUUCCGUACACAGAAUCUGACUCGGAUAUUGAGAGGGAAAUACGAGGCAGUACAGAUGAGAUUACAGUGCCAGUCACUGUCUGCAUAUUCGUUAUGGUCGGAUACAUCCUCUGGGGUGCCCUGCUCUUUGGGCGUUGGGAGGACUGGAAUUAUCUGGAUGGCAGCUACUUUUGUCUAAUAUCACUCAGCAGCAUUGGAUUUGGGGAUCUGGUGCCGGGUGAUCGUGUGAUAACCGCCGAUAAAGAUAAGGUUGAGGUCAGCUUCAUACUCUGCGCCAUGUAUCUGCUUCUCGGCAUGGCCGUGAUUGCCAUGUGCUUCAAUCUAAUGCAGGAACAGGUCGUCCACAAUAUACGAGCCAUUAAACGGGGAUUUAAGGCCUGCUUCCGCUGCCGCAGCUCUUAGGAGACUACAUAAUACCCCCAAUCACAAAAAAGUUUUGUCGUACAAAAUCAUAUAAUAGUUAUUCAAUGUUAAUGUAGGCUUCCCUAGACUAGCUUAAGAUAUACUUGUACAUAUAUUAGACAGAAUGUGUUCCUUUUUGGUAAAUGUAUAAUACUUGUAAAGAUAAAAUGAGAACAAAUUAAGAAAUGUUUUCCUAUA